AUGCAGUUCUCUACCAUCGCCCUCCUCUUUGCCGCCACCGUCCUCGGUGCGCCGACCGAGUCCCUCUCAGCCUCCGGCCUUGUCGUGCGCGGCGAAAUGGACCAGGGUGAUGGCUUCUACCGUGCCAUAUUUAACAACGAGACGGGCGUUGCUGAUGUCGAGUUCACCCCUCUUGCUGAGCUUGCCAGCAUUGAUAUCGAUGGAGGAUCUACGUCUGCAGUGGACGAGCGCAACCUCCUUAAGCGCGGUACUACUUGUUCUGGGCGUCGCUCCAUCGAUCUUGGUACACUCAACCAAGCCAAUGUGCAGCUAGCCAACAAUGCCAACGCUCAAGGCUGGCACGACAAAGGUCAUACAGGCUGGGUUCACCUUGGUGCCGAGACUUCUUUCUUCUGCAACUACCAGGGCAACUUCCUGACCUACCAGUUGAUCAUUGACAUGCAUACUGUCGUCAGUCACUACUGCGGUCAGGAUGGAUACGGCUACGAUCGCAGGACCAACGGUGGCGGCGCCAACGACCUUGCUGUUGGUCGUACCUGGCGAGGCGACCACUUCUGUUAG